GUGAAGUAAUUUUGUGAAACCAGGUGGCUGUAAACUCGAAGAGGGAAAGCAUGGCUAAGACUUGAUGUAUCGUGGCGCUGGGCCCUGUUGUCAGCUCCAAGGAAAUGCACACCUUCUCAGGACAAAUUGCAUUACUCUGCAUAUUCAUCAAGGCUUUUUAUUCUCAUCUCCUUUGAAUCUCAUGUUGGACUGGAGGAUGUAAAUUAUGCUAUGUUGACAGUAUUUCGAUGAGCAGAUGUUUUAGCAACAAUGCGAUUCUUGUAUAGGGUAGGCCUUUUGGCUGGUCUUGGUGUUUUCGUACUAUUUGUGUUCGGAUAUUCACUCUUGAACACAUCAGUGGCUGCCAUUGCUCAAGAUUCAGAUUCAGUCAAAAGGAACAAAUUAGGGUUACAACUUGAUGCCAAUGACCACAAGAAGCAGCAAGACAGUUCCAAAGGAGGCCGAGACCCCUCGCUCAACACUCAAGCACAAGGCAUGUUUGAGGGAGGACGCCCGAGUGCCAGGCCGCCUGCUCUAACCUGCCCUGUGCCUAUGAGUUACUGGUUCCCACCCGAUGCAUGCCCACUUCACCAACCUCUCUGUGGACUGUAUGUCUGUAGCCCCAAGGCAAGCAUGCACCUGGCAGUUGUUGCAUGUGGGGACAGGACCAACGAAACGCUGGUGAUGUUGAAGUCUGCAUUGAUAUUUACAUCCACAAAGUUGCACUGCCACAUCUUUGCUGAGACUGACCUUCAUUUCGGAUUUAGACAACAAAUUGACUCCUGGCCAGCCAGUAUCCAUGAGAAGCUGACCUACACCAUCUACCCCAUCAUGUACCCACCUGGGGAGAACAGUCAGGAGUGGAAGAAGCUCUUCAGGCCGUGUGCCUCACAGAGACUGUUCCUGCCGGAGCUCCUGACAGAUGUGGAUUCACUCUUGUAUGUGGAUACCGACAUCCUGUUCUUGUCACCAAUGGAAAACCUUUGGAACUUCUUCUCUGCAAUGAACAGUACCCAGCUAGCAGCCUUGGCUCCGGAGCAUGAAGUGAAAUCGAUUGGCUGGUACAAUCGCUUUGCCAGACAUCCCUACUAUGGGGAAACCGGGCUGAACUCUGGGAUCAUGCUCAUGAACCUGACGAGGCUUCGGGCCUUUCAUUUCCAAGACAAAAUCAUUCCAUAUUAUAAAGAAUACAAGCUGAAGCUGACGUGGGGAGACCAGGAUCUCUUGAACAUUCUCUUCCACUACUACCCAGAGCGGCUGUUGGUGUUCCCCUGUGAGUGGAACUACAGACCAGACCACUGCAUGUACAUGCAGAACUGCAAGUCAGCCGAAACACACGGGGUCAGAAUGGUGCACGGCUGCCGGCGAGUCUUCUUCAACGAGAAGCAGCCAGCGUUCAAGGCUAUAUAUGAAGCAAUUGAACAGUACAAGCUUGACACGGACAUUUCCUUGCUACUUGAAGGUAUGAAGGCAAAGAUGGAGGAACCUGAUACCAAAGCUUCUCGGUGUGGACAGGUGGCCAACAUGUUCCUCAAGCAGGUAGAAUCCAGUGUACGCAAAGCAUCAGGAGAAACCGCACCGUGAUGAUGACUCUUAUCAUUUCUGGCCCAGUAUAAGCAAUUCUUAUCCCGAGACCCACAGGAUCAGUAGUUUAUGAUUAGAAGAGAAAAAUUUAGAUGAGAUAUACAUACAUGUUUUAUCAUCUUUUAUCAUCUUUUAAGACAAUAAUUUUCCGUGUGUUCCAGUGAGAACAUGUGGAAAAAACAAGUCUGGUAUUAUACACAAUGCACUCUGUGACCAAAGUUAAAAAUUCUUCAUAGCAAAAGUGCAACAUUUCUGUAUGAGCAUGUUCCUACUGGUAGCUCAUUGAUGCUGCAAGCCCUCAACAGCAUGCAGCUCCUAAGUAAAAGAAAGGGUCACCAAGUAGCUUCUGCCAUCUGUGAAUGUGUUAAUGUUAUGUUUAUCGUACCAUUCCUGCCUGCUACCUUCUCCCACCUAUUGUACAGGCCCACUGGUGCUGCAGGGAUUUUCUAGUACUACUCGCUAUGCACAAAGGUUACUAUGCAUGCCACCAGGCUUCAAGCAGCACAGAAUCAAAAUGUUGGCAUUAACUCGGCAAAAUUUAUUUCACAAGAAACUAUGUAUUCCUUUCAGGGUUGUAGCCAGCCGUCCCCUUGAUUUUGAAUCCUAUCAUUCCUAGGGGGUAAGAGGGCAUGCUACCCUAGAAAAUUUUGCAAUUUAGACCCCCUGAAACGCUAUUUCCUGCAUUUUGAGGAGUGAAUUUUGCUGGUAGACUAAGCUGUUCAAUGGCAUAUGUUUGGUUGAAAAAUUACAAAAGGGAGACAGUUUUAUUAUAUGUAACGUUACAUGUACAUCGAUUUCUGUCCGUCACAGAGGACGGAAUGGGCAAAUUUUUUUUCCGUACCCACCUACAAAAUUCCAUCAAAGGACAGAAGGACGGGUGCUGGCUGGCUACACCCCUGAAAUUUCCUGUUUGGGCCCAGGUGCCAGGGACUCUGUGUGUUUUGUCUUUAGGCUUCCAUUCUAGGGUUGUAAAUUUUUCAACAUGAUCUUUAUGGCUUCUUCGCAAUAUGGCAUACCACCUUAGCCAACUUUGCACACAAAUUCAGAGUCAAAGUUGGCCCAUCCCCGGCCAUUCAAAAGUUUUCACAGAUAGUUAUAUCCAGGUUCAGGUCCAGACCUGGAACUGAUCCUCUGGACCUGGACCUGGACCUGGACCUGAAUUUUCUGUACUGGUAAACACCCCUAGUCUAUAGGCUUCCAUUUUAUCAUUGUAAAUUGCUCAACAUUCAUGAUCUUUAUGGCUUGUUGGCAAAAUGGCACAUCAUGUUAGCCAACUUUGCAUAUUCAGAGUCAAAGUUGGCACAUACUUAUUGGUAAUCGUUAACAAAUAUGCCAUUUAUUACAGUGAGCUUUUCCUGACAGAUGCAUUCAUUUCAAUCCUCUAAAGAUUCUUGGACUAUUCAAUUAUGUGUGUUUAUAGGUAAGGCAAGGUCAGCUGAACCAAAACCAUGUGAUGUGAAAAUUCUGGUGAUGAAAUUGUGUUGUUGUUGUUGUCUCUCUAACUGCUACAGUUUGUCGGUAUAUGGUCACAUGUGCUUUAAAUUCAGUCAUGCUGACCUAAAAGACUCUAGAAAGGAAACAGUGAAAAGGGCAGAGGGUUUAUCAAAAUGUCACCACAACGUCAUUGCAACUUUGUUUGUCGCAAAAUAAGCUCCUUCUUCAUUUUUAGUUGAACCCAUUCAUUCCAACGUGUCAAAAUUGCAUAUCAAACUUUUUGAUAUGAAUACCCACCAUGAAGUUUAUGUCCCCUGUCACACCAUCUUUUUCCUUCUAUUCUCACAUUAGAUGAUAAGAACAAUUAUGCCCAUUGAUUCCAAAUGAUACCGAAGAUAUAAGGACAUCAGAGUGAUAAACUUUUGUACAUGUAUGUCUGUUGCAAUUAAGUAAUGUUCUGUGAAAAAAGCUGUCAAUGUUGUUUAUAAUUCCUCUACUCCAGAUUGUAUUGAUGAAUUGCUGUUUUAUAAUUAUGAAAUAGUGGUCUUUAAAUGUAUAUAUUUGCUAUGUGGUAUGAAUACUAUCCAAAUACUUUAUUGCUUAGCUAUAUCUAUUUAUUACCAAUAGUUAGUAGUCUUAACUGUGAAUUCUUUCAAUGGUUCUAUAGUAAUGGUAACUAAUGCCAGUAGAGUAAGAUUAAGUGGAGAGUACAAUGACAAGGAUUCUAAAUGCUAAUGGUAUCACAUACCGGUAUAUAUUCUUAUGAAGAUGCUACUGAAACCAAAUCAACAAUGGAGGAGGUGUAGUCCUUCACAACUCAGAUAAAGAAGUCCAACUAGAGACUUCCACACUGAAUGAGCAAAAGAUACAAUGUAACUACGUCAGUUUGUUGCACAGCUUGCACACUCAAUGUGCAUGUUCUUGUAGGCAAUUUUAGCUAUAUUUAAUGGAGUAGUAUGAUUUAUAACUGUACUUAGUCUAUAUGAAUUAUGAUAUGCUAAAGAUGAAAUUUGAUAUGUUGGGAGUUGUGGCUCCUAACCAUACCUAUAUUACAAUAUUUGGUAAGGAUUCCAAUAUUUUUCCUGAUGUGCUGUGUACACGUAUAUGAAUUCUGCCAAAGUUUAUAUUAAUGAUUAUAGGAAAGAUAUACUGUAUUGUUGUAUCAGGUGGCAGUUUUGCCACAGUGCUUACGAUACCCACCCAUUCACUGCUCUGUGUUGCACCAGGGGUAUUGAAACGAUGCAGUUGCUGCUUUCCACCAAAAUAAUGUGAAGAUUAGUGGGUGGGGCAAAGUGUACUUUCUAGGGGCACUUUCUUAAGGUGGUAUCUCACUGCACUUGGAGCACCAGUGUGGCACUGCAUGGUUUGUUCACUGUGGCACUGUUGUGUUAUUUUUGUUAUAAUUUGUUAUAAUUUAGAUAUUGGAUAAUAUGUAAAAGUAUGACUUAGAAGGCAACAAAGUACACAAAACCUAAGAAAAUUUGUUCUUUAUCUCUGAAAUUCGUUGAGUAAUCUUUCGAACCCCGCAGUGCCACACCUGUGUCCUAAGUGCAGUGAGAUACAACCCCUAGGGGCCAAAAAAGUACAUGUAUUGCCUAUGGUGUGUGGUGAUGUUACAUGAAGUAAUGGCUUGCCUUGAUGUUACAGCAAGACGGAAUUGAGUAGCAAAUGUCACAUUGGAAAAUGGACCAAUUUUUAGUGCAGCACAUUCCACAUCUUUAAAUGCAAUAAACAUCUUCAGAUGCGACUGAAUACAA